UGGGGGGAGGGUAUGUGUGGAUUAUCUUGGCUGGGGGGUCCAUCAUCGUUUUCCUAGCACCCCCUCUUUUCCUCACACGAAGGUGGGUUACAUCCUGUUGUCCUACGUCAUGAUUCCGGGGGGCAGAACGGCCCGCCCCCCUCAAACACACUCUCCCACCUUCCAAUCCCCCAGCAUCACGACCCCUGGAAGCUUGGAGGGAGAGGGAGGCCAUGUCUGACGCAGAAGAGGUGGAGGAGUACGAGGGGGAGCAGGAAGAGGAAGCCGUGGAAGAGCAGGAAGAGGUCGCGGAAGAGGAGGCAGUGGAGGAGGAGGCAGCGGAGGAGAAGGCUGAGGGCGAGGCUGAGGCGGAGGCGGAGGCUGAGACCAACGCGGACGACGACAGACAAGAGGAGGGAGUGAAGGAGGCUGAAGAUGGCCCCGUGGGGGAGUCCAAACCCAAGCCCAGGCCCUUCAUGCCCAACCUGGUGCCGCCCAAGAUCCCCGACGGAGAGAGGGUGGACUUCGACGACAUCCACCGGAAGCGCAUCGAGAAGGACCUGAACGAGCUGCAGACGCUGAUCGAGGCUCACUUCGAGAGCAGGAAGAAGGAGGAGGAGGAGCUCGUCUCGCUCAAAGACAGGAUUGAGAACCGCAGGCGCGCGGAGGACGAGGCCCGUAAGAAGAAGGCCCUUUCCAACAUGAUGCACUUCGGGGGCUACAUCCAGAAGCAGGCGCAGACGGAGCGGAAAAGCGGGAAGAGGCAGACGGAGCGGGAGAAGAAGAAGAAGAUCCUGGCCGAGAGGAGGAAGGUGCUGGCCAUCGACCACCUGAACGAAGAUCAGCUGAGGGAGAAGGCCAAGGAGCUGUGGCAAUGCAUCUACAACCUGGAGGCUGAGAAGUUCGACCUGCAGGAGAAGUUCAAGCAGCAGAAAUACGAAAUCAACGUGCUCCGAAACAGAAUCAAUGACAACCAGAAAGUCUCCAAGACCCGGGGGAAGGCCAAGGUCACCGGGCGCUGGAAGUGAAGGCCCAGACCCGCUCCCGGCCGUGUCCUGCCCGCCCUGCAGGCCCCCAGCUCCUGGGCCUCCUGGCACGGGGCCGGGCGGGGAGCAGGUCCUGUCUGGCCACCGCCACACACGGCUGCAACCCACAUGCCCACACCCCGCGGGUAAUAAAGCCACCGCCCACCCAAUGGCA